UAUUAAAAAUAUAAAAUAUUGUAUAGGGUACUGAACAGUAAAGUAGUUGCAACUGAGACAUGCUACUAUAUAUUUGAAGUAGCAGCGAGUGUCCAUUAUAUUGCUCGGCAAUGUGUAUCGCACUUUUAUGAUUUAGUGUUGAAAUCUGACCCAUUAAGCCCUUGUCGGUUGGCCUGUGUAACACAAUCUUAUGGUUAUUUUUGGUUAGGUGGAAAAAAUAUUGAGUGAAUUCCAGAUUUAUGUUAUGUUUAAAUGGUUUGUAGGGAAGGGGUGAUUCUCGGUAAAACCCUGUUUUAUAUUGCAUUGCUCAGUUCUGAGAGUAUGCUGCUUGGUGGGUUUAUGAAAUGAUACCAGGCGAAUAAUCAAUUUAAAUGUGACCUCAAAGAAGUCAAUCUAAGCGUUUGAAACCUUUAAACAAGUACCUGAGUGAUGCAUAAAACUAUGGAUGUCUAUUCCUAAAACUUGUAAUGUGUAUGGUAUUUCAACUUUCAAGUGACAGCUUGGCCGGACCAUUGUUUUGGAAUUGUACUAGAUGUAGCAUCCUGGUUAUAUUGAGGUCACUGCUUUACAAAUAAGCAUACUUUGGGAUUUUUUCAUUUGGUUAGAAUUUAUGUCAUGGAUCAUCAAGUAUUUGAUUUUAAAUUUUGUUCUUGAGGUGUUCUAGAUAUUUCAAUUUUCGGCUGCUUAGUCUUGAAAUGUACUUAAAGAUUACGAUUUCUGUUUUUGUCAAUGCAUUUCAUUUACUCAGGGGAACCAUUCGAUGAAUAAGGAAAUCAAUAAAUGACACGCUAAUAUCCAAUGAAGGUGAAGCAGGCCACUGUUUCAAAAACAGUUGACAGGAAUCGACUGAGUUUCAAUGAAAGUAUCGGUAGAGGUGAAUCUUUGGUAUCCCUGAAUCAGAGGUUCGAGCUUGGUUUCUUUUCUCCUGCCAGCACAAACAACAAGUCAUAUUUAGGAAUAUGGUACAAGAACUACCCUGAUAUUGUUGCAUGGGUAGCCAACAGGGAGAGUCCACUUACAGAUUCAGCUGGAACUUUAACUAUUUAUAGAGAUGGGAAUCUUGUGCUACUCAAUUCUUCAAAUAGCAUUAUAUGGUCAUCGAAUAUCUCUCUCUCAUCUGCUCAGCUGCAGAGUUCAUCAGUUGUUCAUCUUUUAGAUUCUGGAAAUCUUGUUCUGACACAAAAUCGCAGUUCUGUGCCUGAAGGAAGUUAUGUUUGGCAAAGCUUUGAUUAUCCAGGUGAUACUCUUUUGCCUGGCAUGAAGAUUGGCUGGGACUGGACUACUGGCAAGGCCCGAAAAUUGACAUCCUGGGUAGACACCACUGAUCCAUCUCCUGGAAACUUUGUGUAUAAGAUGGAUCUUCUUGGCUUGCCUCAAGUUGUUCUUCGUGAAGGAUCAGAAAAGAAGUUCCGUACUGGGGUUUGGAAUGGAAUUCGAUUAAGUGGCCUUUACAGAUCAAGACCAACAAAUCCGUUGUUCAAUUACAAGUUUACUAAUAGCACUAAAGAGAUAAAUUUCUUCUAUGAAUUCACAGCUAACCAAACGAUAUCAAGGCUUGUCCUGAAUCAGUCUGGAAUACUGCAGAGAUAUGCAAUCCGAGGAGGGACUUCUGAAUGGUCCUUGAUAUACGAGACACCAAGUGAUACGUGUGAUCCAUAUGCAAAAUGUGGUCCCAAUGGCCUCUGUAAGGCUACUGAAGAUCUGAGUUGUGAGUGCUUUCAUGGUUUCAUCCCAAAGUCAGAAAGUGAAUGGAAUAUUCUUGAUAGAACUAAUGGAUGCAUUAGGAGGAAACCGCUGAAUUGUCUCAAGGGGGAGGGGGAUGGAUUUUUGUGGAUUAAUAAUGUCAAACUGCCAGAUCUUUUGGCACAGAAGUUCUGGUUUAAUGGUAGCAUGAGCUUAAAGGAAUGUGAGCAAAUGUGUUUCGGAAAUUGCUCGUGUACAGCGUAUGCAAAUUCAGAUAUCACUGGAAAAGGAAGUGGCUGUUUAAUAUGGUACGGUGAUUUGAUUGAUAUAAAAACUUUAUCAAAUACAGAAGGGAGUGAGCAAGGGAUGUACAUACGUCUUGCAGCUUCAGAACUGAAAAACGGGAAAAAGAGACUACUUGUGAUUAUUUCAGUUGUAUCAGCAGCUUCAGUGAUGCUAUUCGUAGGGUUGUUAGCUUGGUGCAGACUCCGAACAUUAAAGAAAAGAAGAGAAAGAAAUAAUGAAGACAUAGACCUACCAUUAUAUGAUCUGUCGACUUUAGCAAGCGCGACCAAUCACUUUUCCGACACAAGUAUUAUUGCCACGGGUGGCUUUGGUCCUGUUUACAAGGGAAAGUUACCUUCGGGACAAGAGAUAGCUGUGAAAAGACUUUCCAAAGAUUCAGGACAAGGUACAGAAGAAUUUAAGAAUGAGAUCAUUUUAAUCUCAAAACUUCAGCACCGAAAUCUUGUCAGGAUUUUAGGCUGGUGCCUUGAAGGGGGAGAGAAAUUAUUAGUGUACGAGUACAUGCCUAACGAAAGUUUAGACAAGCUAAUAUUUGACUGGAAAAGAACCACACUGAAGUGGGAUAAUAGAUUCGAAAUUGCAAUAGGUAUUGCAAAGGGACUGGUUUACCUACAUCAAGACUCGAGGUUGAGAAUAAUACAUCGGGAUCUCAAAGCUAGCAAUGUUUUACUUGAUAGUGAGCUACGCCCUAAAAUUUCAGACUUUGGCAUUGCUAGAAUAUUUGGAGGUGAUCAAAAUGAAGCAAAAACUAAGAUCGUGAUAGGAACAUAUGGUUAUAUGUCACCAGAAUACAUCAUUGAUGGAAAAUUUUCAGCAAAGUCUGAUGUCUACAGUUAUGGCGUGCUUUUGUUAGAGAUAGUCAGCGGCUUAAAGAACACCAAAUAUCGCAUGACUGAACAAUAUCAUAGUCUUUUAAGUCAUGCAUGGCUGCUGUGGAAUGAAGGGCGGACCCUGGAAAUUGUGGACAGAUGUUUGGAAGAUUCAUAUAUCAAGUCUGAAGUUCAAAGGUGUAUCCAAAUCAGUUUAUUGUGUGUCCAGAGAUCACCAAAAGACAGGCCUACAAUGUCAUCAGUUGUUUCUAUGCUUGAAAAUAAAGAUGUGGCCAUACCCGAGCCUAAGAAACCAGGUUUCUUUAUUGAGCAAGUUCAAGCAGAAACUGUAACUGAAUUAACCUCUGGGAAUCAAUUGACAGCGACAACUAUAGAUGCAAGAUAGCGAGUUUCAACACAUGUUUUGAUGAUUUAGAAGAGUAGAGAUAUACUACUGUAAAUUAUUUAAACCUUCUGGGAAGCUGGGGAAAAUUUAGUCAUGUAAGAUUAUAUUUCACCAUCGGAGAACACAAGAAAACAAGAUUAUUGCUGCAUUUUUUGUUACCAGACGACUAAAUUUUUUGUUUC